UCCGUAAAAACCACAGUAUGUUGCCAUGGUGAUAAAAAAAAAACGUUUGCUGCGGCAUAUAUCUAACGGUCUUAAAUCUUUUGACUGUGUAGUAAAACACAGUAAAACACGGCCUUUCUCACUUUUUAAAAUCAUAAGUAGUAAGAAGUGAGGUGAGUUUUCACAGAUGGACCACCUGAAUGCAGUGAUUAUGCUCAUGCCCAGAUACGUAGGCAGUGACUUCAUACUCAUUUUUCAGUGCACGUCCAGUGGCCGUCGUUUCUGUAUAAGAAUGGAUACAUUGCCAAGAAAACGAAUAUGCUAUCAUUCAUUUGCGCCGGUAUGCGCAUUAAAAUGAAUACAAACAUGUUAAGGGAACGUAUUUUAUGUUAAUGUAUGUCAAUGGGCUGCUCUGCUUUUGAAGAUUUGCUGUUGAAAAGGGUUUUUUUUCCCCAAGCUGCGGUGCGUUCUCAUUAUAUUGCUUUAAAAUGAAGACGGGCUGUAUCAAAUUAUAAUGAUGAUGGACGCACGAUCGAUUGCAUAUGCACUCUACCAAGGUGGCAGCAAUGAUGGAUGCAGCUGGGAUCAUCAUGCACUCCUACAUAGAGGAAUAAUUUUGAAAUCCAUGACUUUGGGAUACUUAUAAAUUGUUAAUAAUACAAUGAACACCACUGUUACACCAUCCGACCUGGUGGAUGUGCCAAGACAGCAGAACUUCAAUGGCACCCUGGGCACAAAGACCCCUUCAGGCUGGGCCGUAAUCCAUACUGCUACCAUGACCUUUUGCUCUCUCCUCCUCAUCUUCAUCUUCUUCCUGGGCUCUUAUGGCAAUCUUGUGGUGUUCCUCUCUUUUUUCGACCCUGUGUUUCGCAAGUUCCGCACCAACUUUGACUUCAUGAUCCUCAACCUAUCCUUCUGUGACUUGUUCAUUUGCUGUGUGACUGCUCCCAUGUUUGCACUGGUGCUCUUCCUGGAUGCGGGUGGAGGGGGUGGCGUGUCAAAGAGUUUCUGCUUUGCCUUCCACUUGACCAGCUCGGGCUUCAUCAUCAUGUCCCUGGAGACGGUAGCUGUCAUCGCUUUGCACAGACUGCGCAUGGUUUUGGGGCAGCAGCCCAACCGCACCGCUUACUUCCCCUGCACGCUGGCUCUCACCGCCCUGCUGUGGACAUCCAGCUUCACCAUGGCUGCCCUCCUAACCAUGCGAGCCUACCCACGUAGAGAUGGACCCUGCUUGCCCCACUUUGGCCUUGGAGGUGGACAGGCCAGGGUUGUGUUGUACGUCUACCUGGCAGACUUUGCCUUUUGUGUAGCUGUGGUGUCCGUGUCGUAUCUGAUGAUUGCUCAGACACUGAGAAAGAAUGCACAAGUCAGGAAAUGUCCCAUCAUCUCUGUAGAUGCCACGUGUCCUCCGCCCCCACCACCUCUCAUUGCAGCAGGCUUUGAGAGCAUGCAGUGUGCUGUGCAAGGCCCCUCUCUGUACCGUAACCAGACUUACAACAAACUGCAGAAUGUUCAGACACACUCAUAUGCCAACAAGACCGGCCAGCCUUUGGUUCCAGGAGCCGCCCAAGGAGCCACCUGCUGUCAGCUGGUGUCUACAGUCAACUUGGCCACAGCCAAAGACUCUAAGGCGGUUGUCACAUGUGUGGUUAUAGUGUUCUCUGUGCUGCUUUGCUGCUUGCCGAUGGGAGUUUCACUGGCACAAGAUGUUUUGUCACCAGAAAGUAGCUUUGCACAUUACCAGUUUGAACUGUGCGGCUUUGUGCUCAUUUUUCUCAAGUCGGGCAUCAACCCCUUUGUGUACUCACGCAACAGUGCAGGCCUCCGCCGCCGUGUGCUGUGCUGUAUUCAGUGGGCGGCACUGGGCUUUCUCUGUUGCAAGCAAAAGACCCGCCUGCAUGCGAUGGGAAAGGGCAGCCUGGAAGUCAAUCGCAAUAAAUCCUCCCAUCACGAGACCAACUCAGCCUAUGUACUGUCACCCAAGCCACAGAGGAGGCUGGUGGACCAGGCUUGUGGGCCCAGUCACUCCAGGGAUUGUGCUGGUAGUCCAAAGGCCACAGGUGUGCGCAAACCUCGCCCCCCAAGUACCUCUACACCUAUCAACACCCGCAUCGAGCCCUACUACAGUAUAUACAACAGCAGCCCCUCUGCAGGGCCCAGCUCGCCCACCAGCUUGCAGCCCGUCAGCUCUCAGACAUUUGCCUUUGCCAAGUCUUAUGUAGCCAUGCACUACCACACUCACCAAGACGCACUGCAAGACUUUGAAAGCACAUCAGUGCACCAGAUUCCCAUUCCCUCAGUCUAAUCAAAGAGCUGCUGAACAGAAAGGUUCGGACAAUCUCGCCAUGGCUUCAAAUCAAACGUGAAUCAAAAGAGGAACAUGAAUGUAUUGUUUUAUAUAUUUGGGAUCUGUAUUAACCUUUUGUUCUCUUCUUCAGUGAUGAUACAUGUUACGUUUUAUUGGAUGGGGAAAUUAAACCAGAACUAUACUAAAAACAAGCAAUAGAUUUGUAAUGACGGUGUCUGUUCCAAAAAGAUAUUUACUGUUAUUGAAUUUUUCUUCGAAAAGAUACUGCAUUUCCACACUAUGUUGCACACGCAUGUGCCAUUAUAACCGAGACUCUGUAGGAUUUCAUUGCAGCCGAAGACUGCAGUUGCUGGCUUCACUGCUGCCUCCUGUCUGUCUGAAGUUGCUGUGCACUGACAUCAGCUGCUGUAGUGUCGGGCUGCUGUGAAACCCUGCACAGGCCCACACAUGGCUGUCGAUGGCAUGUGGUUGCACUUUGAUGGACUUUUGCUUCUUCAGAAAAAUGUAUUUGUGAACCUUGUACACUUUUCAACACAAUAAAUGUUCGGCAAGUGCAGU